CGUCCACGCCACUCCUGACAGUCCGAGGAUCAGAAGGGCUGUACAUGGUAAAUGGACCACCACAUUUUACAGAAAGCACAGUGUUCCCAAGAGAAUCUGGGAAAAAUUGCAAAGCCUAUACCUUUAGUAAGGAUGGGACCUUGUUUGCCUGGGGCAAUGGAGAAAAAAUAAAUGUUAUCAGUGUCACUAACAAGGGACUGCUGCACUCCUUUGACCUUCCAAAGGCAGUUUGCCUUGAGUUCUCGCCAAAAAACACUGUCCUGGCAACGUGGCAGCCUUACACUACUUCUAAAGAUGAUACAGCUGGAAUACCCAAUCUGCAACUUUAUGAUGUGAAAACUGGAACAUGUUUGAAGUCCUUCAUUCAGAAAAAAAUGCAAAAUUGGUGUCCUUCCUGGUCAGAAGAUGAAACGCUUUGUGCCCGAAAUGUUAACAAUGAAGUUCACUUUUUUGAAAACAACAACUUUAACACAAUUGCAAAUAAAUUGCAUUUGAAAAAAAUUAAUGAUUUUGUGUUAUCACCUGGACCCCAACCGUACAAGGUGGCUGUCUAUGUUCCAGGAAGUAAGGGUGCACCUUCAUUUGUUAGAUUAUAUCAGUACCCCAACUUUGAUGAACCUCAUGCAGCUUUAGCCAAUAAAAGUUUCUUUAAGGCUGAUAAGGUCACAAUGCUAUGGAAUAAAAAAGCUACUGCUGUGUUGGUAAUAGCUAGUACAGAUGUUGACAAGACAGGAGCUUCCUACUAUGGGGAACAGACGCUGCACUACAUUGCAACAAAUGGAGAAAGUGCUGUGGUGCAAUUACCAAAAAACGGCCCCAUCUACGAUGUGGUUUGGAAUUCUAGUUCUACUGAGUUUUGUGCCGUGUAUGGUUUCAUGCCUGCCAAAGCGACAGUUUUCAACCUGAAGUGCGAUCCUGUGUUUGACUUUGGAACUGGCCCUCGUAAUGCGGCCUACUACAGCCCUCAUGGACAUAUAUUAGUACUAGCUGGAUUUGGGAAUCUGAGGGGACAAAUGGAAGUGUGGGAUGUCAAAAAGUACAAACUUAUCUCUAAACCAGUGGCCUCUGAUUCUACAUAUUUUGCUUGGUGCCCAGAUGGUGAGCAUAUUUUAACAGCCACGUGUGCUCCACGGUUACGUGUUAAUAAUGGGUACAAGAUUUGGCAUUAUACGGGCUCUGUCUUGCACAAGUAUGAUGUACCAUCAAAUGCAGAAUUAUGGCAGGUUUCUUGGCAGCCAUUCUUAGAUGGAAUAUUUCCAGAAAAAGCAAUAACUUACCAAGUAGUUCCAAGUGAUGUACCUAGUGAAGAACCUAAAGUUGCAACAGCUUAUAGACCCCCAGCUUUAAGAAAUAAACCAGUCACCAAUUCCAAACUGCAUGAAGAAGAACCACCUCAGAAUAUGAAACCACAACCAGGAAAUGAUAAGCCAUUAUCAAAAACAGCCCUUAAAAAUCAAAGGAAGCAUGAAGCUAAGAAAGCUGCAAAGCAGGAAGCAAGAAUUGACAAGAGUCCAGAUAUGGCACCUGUUCCUACCCCACAAAGCACACCACUAAAUACUAUUUCUCAGUCAACUUCUGGGGACCCUGAGACAGACAAAAAAAUCAAGAACCUAAAGAAGAAACUGAAAGCAAUUGAACAGCUGAAAGAACAAGCAGCAGCUGGAAAACAGCUAGAGAAAAAUCAGUUGGAGAAAAUUCAGAAAGAGAAAGCCCUUCUUCAAGAGCUGGAAGAUUUGGAACUGGGAAUUUAAAGAUUCACAGAAAGCAAGCUGGUUACCAGAAAUCACUGCAAACGUAUUUUCUGUUAAACCCAUCAGUGUACAUAGAAAUAUCCAUGUGCCCACAUUUAACGUUCACUUAUAAUUUUGACCAUUUAUCUAAGAUUCUACAUAUCUAUACAAUUACUUAAUAUGUCUGUUAAAUUGAUUUUUACAUCCUGCAUCCUGUAUCAUGUCAACAUACGAUACAGAAAGAAGACAUAUGAUUUUCUGUUUAGCUAAGCUUGACAGAUUGAAAGACUAAUGUCAUUGUUUUUUAGUAGGAGACAGUAUUUACCAUAUCAAUGAAUAAAAAGAUUUUAAU